AUGAUGGUCUCGUUUCAUACUUUAUGGAAUAACGGAGUAUUUGCGAAGUUUUUGUUUUCUUUUGCAGUGAUUUACGUCGUCUUUUUUCAGCUCUACAAAUUUCAUCAAGGCAAUCUGCUGGACUCCGAAGGUUAUGAGAUAACAGAGAGACUAUCUGAAAUAAAUGACAAUAUCACUACAAGACUUGAAGAAAAUGUUAACAGCAAUAAUACACCGACAAUAAAAUUAACAACAAGAACAACAACAGAAUCGUUUACUACUACAACAAAAUUUGUUGAAGAUGAAAACUUAAGUUUCCUCACUCAAGACAACAUUAGGGAUUACAUAAAAUAUACUGAAAAAGAUCCUGCCAAGUAUAAAGAACUUAAAAAACGGUGUGCCAAAAGGAAAUUUUCUUCAAAAAUAUUGCCUUUUACCGCAUUGGCAAGUGUACAGGGCUCAGGAAAUACAUUUACAAGGUUCCUCGUAGAAUGUAUAACGGGCAUACAUAGCGGAACAACACACUUUGAUGGAAAGCUCCACGCGGCUGGCUUCAUGGGCGAGGGUGUCAUCAAUGGCUCGACUGUUGUCAUAAAAUCUCACCAGAUUGGAUUUAGUCCCUCAGAGAAGUUUGACCGUGGAAUCAUGGUCAUUAGAAACCCGUAUCGAAUGAUAUUAGCUGAGUGGAAUAGGAGACACAGUGGUGGUCACAUUUCUCAUGCGCGUCCUGAACGUUUUAAGACUGAAGAAGACACGUGGAGGGCCCAUGUAAUAGCAUUCACUGAGAAAUGGCUUCUAUUUGCUUUACAAUGGAUAAUUAGUUUCGAAAAGGAGCUCUUAAUUCUCGUGUAUGAGAACAUGGUUAAUGAUACCGUUCGAACAUUACGACAAUUACAUGAAUUCCUCACAGUCAAAGAGGGUAUAAAGGAGGGUAGUUUAAAAAGACUUCCAUGCGCGUUCAUUGAUAAUACGUCGGGCUUUCAACGGCCAGCUGUUAACUAUGGAAUUGAUCCCUUUACUCCAAGAGAGAGACGGCGUAUAAAUGAAUACAUGGAAGCUGUCUGUGACGUAUACAAAACCCGAACUCACGACACAGAAUGUGCUUUCAAAUAUAAUGUAGAAACAAUUUAAAGGAUAUGUAUCGAUAUAGUGAACUGAAUUCAACAAUGUUUUUCUCUUUAACCAAUUAUUGAAAAUAUUCUGUAAAAAACACGACCCUGUAUG